GCAUUCCUUGAUGCAUUCGAAGCUCUGGACUCGUCACUGGCCUCACCUUCGCUGCUUGGUGGCGCGCUUGGGCGCCAUCCUCCUGCCUUCGCCGCCGGACCAAGCGCCGGUGCUCUUGAGAGACGUGGACUUCAUCCGGCCUCGACAUGAGCUGCAAACCUACAGCUUCCCGGUGGAGCGGCGAGAGCUGCCCGUGCUGCAAGACCCGGUGCAGGCCAUUCAGCAUCAGCUUGCCCAGCUGGAUUGCCCCGCUCAGAAAGGAUGGAAGGUCACAGACCGCGAAGGUGCUGAGAUCCUAUGUCGCUGUGGCGGAGGCUCGCACGAGCUGAGGAUGCAGGAGGUCUUGACGGUCCUGGACGAUCUCAAUGUGCACUUCUCCGCCUUCGUGCGUGUUCACCGCUCUCAGUGGCACGGGGAAGGCGUGAACGACUUCAUCGCCCACUACCUGGAGCAAGAGAUGAAGCAGGUCCUAGAAGACCAGCGAGCGGAGCAUGCCAGAGAGAGAAGGCGGAGAGAAGAUGACGCAGAGCGUUCAUAUCAACAGCUGGCAGCAAGGGACUUUCGCCGUGAGCAGUCCGAGACUUGCUCCGACUUCACACGUCGAACAGAAGAAGCACAUCCCGUGGCUGAAGAAAUUUAUGUGAAGCUUUGCCACACCCUGGUGAGGCGUCUCCCUUUUGAAGAUCUGCGCGUGUUGCGCGACCACGACCUGUCUCGCUUGGAGUCGGGCGAGGCCACCGCUCCCGAAGCCCAGCGAGUGCUCCGACGGGCGCUGGAGCUCAACGAGGACCGGCAAACACGCUGGGAGAGUUGGUACAAAGAGCUCGAUAGCUGGAAGAGGAAUGAGUCCGAGGAAGAGGAAGAGCUCUAUCAAAACAUCUUGAAGCUCCGUCCCGAUUUGGCGCAUGCCGUGGCACGGAGGGCCAACCAAGAGGCUGAGAGGGAAAACUUGGAGAAGGAGAUCGAAGGAUUCCUGCUCCAGAUCCAAGAAUCUUAUCCGGACCCAGACGUGUACCAGGGCCGUCUCGAGUGUCUCAAGGACACCUACGAGCAGCUCUUGGACGACUACACGCGUGCGGUCAGUUGAUCGAACUGUCGCGGCCGUGUGCUGCUAGAGCACAUCAAAAACUUGGGAACAGAAAACAUUC